UUCUUCCGGGUGUUUUUCCACAGCUGCUGUGACUCUGACAGCGAACAAACCUAACUUUUCGUCGUGUUCGUCGAGACGCGAUUUUAGCGAAAUGAAUCGCAUUUUUGGAAAGGGGAAAGCCAAGGGGCCUCCACCGAACCUCAGCGACUGCAUUGGAAGCGUUGAUUCCAGAGCUGAAUCCGUUGACAAGAAGAUAGCCAGACUAGAUGCAGAGCUUGUGAAGUACAAGGACCAGAUGAAGAGGAUGAGGGAUGGGCCCUCGAAGAACAUGGUGAAGCAGAAAGCCAUGCGAAUUCUAAAGCAAAAGCGAAUGUAUGAAGGCCAGAGAGACAACCUGAUGCAGCAGUCGUUUAACAUGGAACAAGCAAACUACACAAUACAGACCCUGAAAGACACGAAAACAACAGUGGAUGCAAUGAAGGUUGGGCUGAAGGACAUGAAGAAGGCCUACAAGAACAUCAAAAUUGACAAAAUCGAGGAUCUUCAAGACGAGAUGGAGGACAUGAUGGAGGACGCCAAUGACAUCCAGGAGGCGCUGGGCAGAAGCUAUGGUACUCCAGACAUCGAUGAGGACGAUUUGGAAGCAGAGCUGGACGCGCUGGGAGACGAGCUCCUGCUGGACGACGACAGCUCAUACCUGGACGAAGCCUCAACUGCUCCCUCCAUCCCCGAGGGUUUGCCGGGAGAGAAGUCCAACCGGGACGGUGUCCUCGUGGAUGAGUUUGGUCUUCCACAGAUCCCUGCCUGAUGAGAACACUCCUGCUUUUACAUGUAUUAUACCUUUUUUAUUUAUCCACCCAACACACCCUUCAAGAUGACCUCCUUUGCUGACCGACAAAUCAUCGAAUGUGAUUGGGUUUCUUUUGCUUUAGCCUCUUCUCUUGUGCAAGGAUUCUCAGAGACAAUUGUACAGUUUCUACAGCGUCGACUGCAUCUCUAUAAUAAAGGACAUAUUUUCAAAUGA